CAGGUAUAGGAGCACCCGGCUGGGGGUUUCACAAGAGCUCCCAAACAACGCCUACGUGCGCUUCCUUUCGGUUAACCACCCACUUCGAGACUGUGCUCUCGCGGUAUUUGUCCGACUCUCGCGAGGUUUACGUGGCACUGGGAGGCCGGGCCCAGGGAAGGGGGUGGUGGUCCGUUAGCAGCAUUGGGCUUCGGCAGCAGUGGCCGCGGUUUCUCCGCUGCGCACGGGGAGCUGUUCAGGCUGGAGGCCCGCCAGCUCUCGCCGCCGCUUCGGUAGCGAUGGGGGCGCAGGACCGGCCGCAGUGCCACUUCGACAUCGAGAUCAACCGGGAGCCGGUUGGUCGCAUUAUGUUUCAGCUCUUCUCAGACAUAUGUCCAAAAACAUGCAAAAACUUCCUUUGCCUAUGCUCAGGGGAGAAAGGCCUUGGGAAAACAACUGGGAAGAAGUUAUGUUAUAAAGGUUCUACAUUCCAUCGUGUGGUUAAAAACUUUAUGAUUCAGGGUGGGGACUUCAGUGAAGGUAAUGGAAAAGGUGGAGAAUCAAUAUAUGGUGGAUAUUUUAAAGAUGAAAACUUUAUUCUCAAACAUGACAGAGCGUUCCUUUUGUCAAUGGCAAAUCGAGGGAAACAUACCAAUGGUUCCCAGUUUUUCAUUACCACAAAACCUGCUCCGCACCUGGAUGGGGUGCAUGUUGUCUUUGGACUAGUUAUUUCCGGGUUUGAAGUAAUCGAACAGAUUGAAAAUCUGAAAACUGACGCUGCAAGCAGACCCUAUGCAGAUGUGCGAGUCAUUGACUGUGGAGUGCUUGCCGCAAAGUCAACAAAAGAUGUUUUUGAGAAAAAAAGGAAGAAACCAACUCAUUCGGAAGACUCGGAUUCCUCUUCCAAUUCCUCUUCCUCUUCAGAAUCAUCUUCAGAAAGUGAAAUUGAACAUGAGAGAAGCAGAAGAAGGAAACACAAGAGGAGGCCAAAAGUUAAACAUUCUAAAAAGAGACGAAAGGAAGCAAGCAGUUCAGAAGAGCCAAGAAAUAAACAUACAGCAAGCCCCAAAGGUCACUCUGAGAGGAGUGAUACCAGUGAAAAAAGGUCAGUCGAUUCAAAUGCUAAAAGGGAAAAGCCUGUGGUCCGCCCAGAAGAAAUCCCUCCAGUGCCUGAGAACCGAUUUUUACUGAGAAGAGAUAUGCCUCUUGUCACGGUGGAACCUGAACCGAAGAUUCCUGAUGUUACACCCGUUGUGAAUGAUCAAAAACCAUCUGUAUCAAAGUCUGGACGGAAGAUUAAAGGAAGGGGCACAAUUCGCUAUCACACACCUCCAAGAUCAAGGUCCUGUUCGGAAUCAGAUGAUGACGAUAGCAGUGAAACUCCUCCUCACUGGAAAGAGGAAAUGCAGAGAUUAAGGACGUACAGACCACCGAGUGGAGAAAAAUGGAGUAAAGGAGAUAAGUUAAGUGACCCCUGUUCAAGCCGAUGGGAUGAAAGAAGCUUGUCCCAGAGAUCCAGAUCGUGGUCUUAUAAUGGAUAUUACUCAGACCUUAGUACAGCAAGACACUCUGAUGGUCACCAUAAAAAACGCAGAAAAGAGAAAAAGGUUAAGCAUAAAAAGAAAGCCAAAAAGCAAAAACAUUGCAGAAGACACAAACAGACUAAGAAGAGAAGGGUUAUUGUACCAUCUAAUAUAGAAUCUUCAAAAUCUUUUACCCGACGAACCAAAUCCUCUUGUGAUAGAGAAAGGAGAUCUCAUUCCUCCUCGUUAUCAUCCCGUCACUCAUCAAAGAGGGACUGGUCUAAAUCCGAUAAGGAUGACCAGAGCUCUUCAACCCAUUCCAGCAGGGACUCCUACAGAUCAAAGUCUCACUCACAGUCUUAUUCUAGAGGAAGCUCAAGAUCAAGGACUCCAUCAAAAUCCUCAUCACAUUCUCAGAGUAGAUCCAAGUCUAGAUCUAGUUCCAAGUCAGGUCACCAAAGGACCGCAUCAAAAUCACCAAAAAGAACAGCCUCCCAGUUAAGUGAAAGUAAACCAGCUAAAACAGAACCUUUAAGAGCACCAGUGCCACAAAAUGAAAACGUCGUAGUCCAGCAGCCAGUGGUGGCGGAAAAUAUUCCUGUAAUACCACUGAGCGACAGCCCCCCUCCUUCAAGGUGGAAGCCUGGACAGAAGCCCUGGAAGCCCUCUUAUGAGCGAAUUCAGGAAAUGAAAGCGAAAACAACCCAUUUGCUGCCCAUCCAAAGCACUUAUAGUUUAGCAAAUAUUAAAGAGACUGGUAGUUCAUCAUCCUAUCAUAAAAGAGAAAAAAAUUCAGAAAGUGAUCGGAGUGCUUAUUCAAAAUACAGUGAUCGAAGUUCAGAAACUUCACCAAGGUCAAGGAGCAGAUCUUCUAGGAGUAGAUCUUAUUCCAGAUCGUACACAAGGUCACGAAGUCUAGCUAGUUCACGUUCAAGGUCGAGGUCUCCCUCAUCUAGAUCUCAUUCACGAAAUAAAUACAGUGAUCGCUCACAGCGUAGUAGGUCGUCUUCAUACUCUUCUGUUAGCAGUGAUGAUGGAAGACGAGCCAAGAGAAAAUGUAGAUCCAGUGGGAAAAAAAAUAACACUUCAAAUAAAAGGCACAGCAGCAGCUCUGAAAAGACACUUUGCAAUAAAUAUGCCAAAGGUAGAGACAAGUCUUCAUGUCAGAGAAAGUAUAGCGAAAGCAGGUCAUCUUUAGAUUAUUCUUCAGACAGUGAACAGUCAAGUGUUCAGGUUACACAGUCAGCCCAGGAGAAAGAGAAGCAAAUCCACGUGGAAAUGAAUAAUAAACAAGAGAGAAACCAAGAUGAAGAGAAAUCCAAGCCCGAACGGGAAUGCCCUCGUUCAAAAAAAAGAACUUUAAAAGAGACCCUUUCUGAUCACUUGAGAAAUGGCAGUAAGCCCAAAAGGAAGAGUUAUGCUGGGAGUAAAUGGGACUCUGAGUCAAAUUCUGAACGAGACGUAACUAAAAACAGUAAAAAUAAAUCCCGGCUGUCUUCUGAUAAGGAGGAAGGUGAGGCCACAUCCGACUCUGAAUCAGAGUUUGGGGAAAUUCACAUCAAAGCCAAACCCACCACAAAGCCUAAUGGUAGUGGUGCUCGGAGGUCAAGUAAACAGCGCGCAUCGACCUCCGAUUCUGAGGGGUCCUAUUGCAAUUCAGAAAACCCUAGAGGAAAGCCACGGAAGCACAAACAUGGGUCAAAGGAAAAUCUUAAACGGGAACACACCAAAAAAGUGAAAGAGAAAUUGAAAGGGAAAAAAGACAAAAAACACAAGGCUCCAAAACGAAAACAAGCAUUUCACUGGCAGCCUCCCCUAGAAUUUGGUGAAGAAGAGGAGGAGGAGAUUAAUGAAAAGCAAGUGACUCAGGAAUCAAAAGACAAAAAACAAGUUUCUGAAAACAGUGAAACCGUAAAGGAAAAUAUCCCCGAAACUGAGAAGCCCUGUGAAGAAGGCAACCUUUCAGGUAAACAGAAUACAGUAAUUUCAUCAGACACUGAGCAGCCUGCUAAAGAUGAUAAUAAACUCAGCAUUUCUCCCACAGCUUUAAAGACUGAGGAAAAUGUAGCUAGUUCUCCCCCAAACGUUCAGCAUAUUGAAGAAAGCGUCCCAAGCAGAGUGGAGGACGUGUUUCAAGCAGAUGACAACAUGGAGAUUUGCACUCCUGAUAGGACUUCCCCAGCAAAGGUGGAGGGGGCAUCCCCUCUAGGAAAUUCAAGGCUUGACACCCCGGAUAUAGGCAUUGUUGUGAAGCAGGAAAUGCAGACGGAGCAUGCUGAGGCAGAGGUAAAACAGGAAAGCAGCAUGUCUGAAAGCCCAGUGGUGGAUGAGGUGGGGAAACCGGACAGCAGCUCAGCCAGCUCGGCCAGUGCUGCAGAAAGCGCUGUGAGGAGGGAGGUGGCUGGACAGAGUCAGCUCAGCCUCCUGGAUAAUAAAUGGAAGCCCCUGCAAGGCGUGGGGAACCUGGCAGCACCGGCUGCCACCACAUCCAGUGCCGUGGAAGUUAAGGCAUUGACUGCUGUGCCUGAACCCAAACCACAAGGCUUGAGAAUAGAAAUUAAAAGCAAAAAUAAAGUCCGGCCGGGGUCUCUUUUUGAUGAGGUAAGAAAGACAGCACGCUUAAACCGAAGGCCAAGAAAUCAGGAGAGUUCAAGUGAUGAGCAGACACCGAGCCGGGAUGGUGAUAGCCAGUCCAGGAGUCCCAGCAGAUCGCGAAGUAAAUCUGAAACCAAAUCAAGACACAGAACGAGGUCUGUCUCCUACAGUCACUCAAGGAGUCCGUCGCGAAGUUCCACGUCGUCUUAUCGAUCGAGAAGCUACUCUAGAAGUCGGAGCAGAGGAUGGUACAGCAGAGGCCGCACGAGAAGCCGGAGCAGUUCCUACCGCAGUUACAAAAGUCACAGGACGUCCAGCAGGAGCAGAUCCAGGAGCAGCUCGUACGAUCCCCACAGCCGGUCCAGCAGAUCCUACACUUACGAUAGCUACUACAGCAGGAGUAGGAGUCGGAGUCGAAGCCAGAGGAGUGACAGUUACCACCGAGGCAGAAGUUACACGAGGCGGUCCAGGAGUUGUAGGUCCUACGGCUCUGACAGUGAAAGUGACCGAAGUUACUCUCAUCACCGGAGUCCCAGUGAAAGCAGCAGAUACAGUUGAAAAUGUCCCCCUUUUUUGAUAUGAAUUAUAUCAUAUUUGUAAAUAUCUGGUAACUUAAAAGUUUAAGAAACUUAAUGGCCGUCUGUUCUCUUUCAAUAUUAGAGAUGAAUGUCAAAAACCGGCACUUCUUAAUUGUUACUUGUUUAUUUACACGUGCGCAGGAUUUAAAAUACAGAUAUGUCUCCUAAAAAUAUUUUUAUGCCACAUUUUACAACUAUGGAAGUGAAUUUCAUUUUCUUAGAACAAGAAACCAUGAUAUUUUAAUAUAAUUUGCAGUAUCAUUAUAGGUAGACUAUCCCUCUCCAUCUCGUGUAUUCUUUUGAACACAGGUUCUUUUCCCCCAUUUUUCAGGUUUUAGCAUAUAUGCUGCCAAGCAUAGGUCUGUGAGGGAGAACUGUUAAAGGUGACCAAAUAUUUAUAUACCAAUUACAAAGUCUUAUACAUAUGUGCUCUUAAAAACACACCACCCAGAAUUGAUACUGAUGGUAGCCAGGAGUAUAAGGUAGUGGCUUUGAGGGGGGUUCUUAAUUCAUUCUUUACUUCUUUGUUGUCUCAGAGGAUCAGGAAAGUGGUCGUCGUACAGCCCACUGUCUGUAUUACUUCAGGCUGGCAGGUGAGGUUAAGAAGAAUAAAUCAGCCUUAACUACAAAUACCUGCACUGUCUCUAAGGCCCUAACGUUUACUAUAACAAACAAUUCUAUUCCAGUUCAUGCUUUGGUGCUUGGUACCUGCCGGUGCCUCUUUAAGCAUUGUUCUUCUGUAUUGUUACAAUGUCACGAGAGAGAGCUGUAUUCACUUUGAAUAUUUGGAGAUUUUUUUUCUCAAGCCACAGGUGUGGGCUGGGGGUCUCCUGGACCGGGCAGGAUUGGCACAGGGAGUUGUGUGGCUGCACAUAACUGACAUGUGUGCCUCUGGAAGAGUGGGUUGAAGGAUAGACUUCAAAAAUAACACCAAAAUCUAACUGCCACCAUCCUGGACACUUUGCCGGGCUUUUAAGUCUUUCAAGUAAAAGACAGACCACAACAGUAGUUGAGCAGUUCUGAGCACCGGCAUGUUUUUUCUGUUUCCGCUGUGACCAAACAGUGACUCAGUGAAGCCUUGACAGGAGUAAACCCAGGACAGCAGAUGGAAAGAAAAGUGUAUGGUACUGCAUACAUUACGCAUUUUCAGUUUUGGGUGGUUCCCCCAAAAAUGAUUUGACCUGUAAAGAACUGGUGUGAUUUUUUUUUUUUAAUCUAGUUGGAGCUUUUUCCCCAAGUGUACUUAAUCACCUUAGUGCCAGUUUAAUCCAGUUAUGCAGAAGAAAUUCAUAUUGGAUGUUGAUGUAGAACUCUGUGCCAACCUAGCCCAGGCCUUGCCUGGUGUACUUGGAAAGUGGGAAAGAGCCCUCUUGGAGGGAUCUGACAACCCUUGAUGGAUGGAGGGAUGACCUUGGAUAUAUUCAAACCAUUACCCAUAAAAGGUUCAUAAACAGGGUUAAGUGGUCAGUUGUUUGCCAAGUUGAUAGACGAGAGUACAUUAAAAACAGGGCCUAAGUCAAACAAACGUACUCGCUAGUGAAUACAAAACAAUGUGUGAUUCAUAUGAAGGGUUUUCAAAAGUUGCCUGCAGUGGAGAAUAUUGCUUUAAUAAUACUCAGUGGAAAAAAACUGCAUUCAGAACCCAAACAAAAACUGCCAAAUCUAAUUAGGUUAAGAAAAGUUACCCUUGGGCAGUGUGUUAGUUUUCUAUUGCUUUGUAAAUAAUUACCCCAAACCUAGCAGCUUAAAACAACACCCAUUUCUUAGCUCACGGUUCUGUAGCUUGUGAACCCUGCGCGGUAUGGCUGGAUUCUCUGCUCAGGGUCUUAGAAGGCUGAAAUCCCCGUCAGCAGGGCAGCAUUCCUUUAUGGAGGCUCUGGGGAAGAGCCUGCUUCCAAGUUCUUUCAGGUGGUUGGCAGUAUUCCGUUCCUACCCGGGGCCUUACUCUCAGCUCCUUAGGCUGCUCGAAUCCCUUCUUUGUGCUCCCCUCCGUCUUCAAACCAGCCCUGACCCGUGAGUCCUUCUCCUCAUGCUUCAGAUCUCUCUGCCUCCUCUGUUUUAAGGCUCAUGUGAUUAAAUCAAGGCCACUGAGAUAGUUUCCCUGUUUUCAGGUCAGCUGUGCAAUAGAACAUAACAUCAUCACAGGAGGGAUACCAUAUGCCCAGGUUCCCGGGUCGGGGCAUUUUAGAAUUCUGCCUACCACUGGCCAGAACUGCCCACUGCCCCAGUGGGUGGAAUUUUAUCCUGAAAAGGUGGGCCCUGGAAGCCUGGUUUGUUUUCCCAUUGGAAAAGAACAGCCUUGGGCUGCAGCGUUCAACUAGUGUGUUUACUGAAUGAACUACAGAGAUAGCUUUUCUUCCUAAGGGGAUUGUUCUGUAUUUUAAGUUAUUUUUUAAUAAAAUUGAAUUAUGUUGUGUAUUGUGCUUCUUAAUAGAAAAUGCAUUAUUGGACUGGUUUUGUAACGUCCUGUUUACUGCAAAUGAAACAUGACAUAGCUGGUGUUGAUUAAAAACUAGAAAAUACUUUUGUACAUAUCGGCAAUCGUCUAAUUUGUAUACACUUCAUUUGAAUUCCCCUAAAACUUGAACAGGGGACCUUGUAGAAAUUAAAAUAUAUACUUAGUCUAAGCCAGAGUCUGUGUAUAUUUCAGC